AUGGACUCCCCGAGUCCCCGUCUCAAGUGGCUUAAGCCUCGUUGGAUCAUCCAUCCCGGUCUCGGAAGAAUUGCUACCAAAAAAUAUUCGAGCGGCAAGCACUCGAACGGCUCAAAAAUAUCUUCAAAUGCUCUCCAGUCGCUUUCGCACCAUGAUCCUUCGACCCGUGUCUUCGACUCGAGCUUCGAUAAUUUGACGAUCCCUCAUAUCGGAAUCAUUGAACGGCAAUUCGUACUCGACCCUUUAAUUGAGUCUGUUGACCCUUCUCGUGAAUUUGUGGCCACGCAGACAAUCCAUCCAGAGACCGGGACACCAAUCGAAGCACUAGUGGCCGAUCUGAAGCAAAAGACAAGCAGCUCGGCGGAAACGACGGGCAGGGGAAGUGUCAGGAAGACACAUCUGAUCAGGGGGCCGGGGUGUCAGACAUUGGAUCUGAUUAGCCGGACCCAUCUGAUGUCGAUUGUAAACUGCACACCGGACUCAUUCUUGGAUGGAGGGGCAUCCUUAGCGGUAGAGGAUGCGGUACGGAACUCGUUGGAUGGCCGAGACGGAGAUCGGACGGACCGUACCCGUGAUCAGGCAGCUACUAUUGCAGGCGCGACCAUCGUUAACGAUGUCUCCGGCGGGGAGGCCGACGAGGCCAUGCUCGCGACCGUCGCCCGCUUUGAUGUGCCCUACAUGCUGAUGCGCAUGCGCGGGAAACCCCGGACGAUGACCCAGCUGACUAGCUACCAAGACCGAGACGUCGUCGCCGGCGUCCGCAGGGAGCUUGCCGCGAAGGUAUCAAACGCUGGGAGUUGGAACCUGAUCAUUGAUCCCGGCUUCGGCUUUGACAAGGACCUAGCGGGCAACUAUCAGGACUGUCUACGAGGCUUUCCGAUCCUUGUCGGCCUCUCCCGCAAACAAUUCCUUGCCAAACUCCUCACUCUCCCUCCCCCCGGUACCACUACAACCACCACCCCUCCUCCGCCUCUCCUCCGACCCGACCAACAGUUAAUCCCUGCUAUUGUUGCCUCAACUAUCGCCAUUUGUAACGGGGCCCAUUUGACCCGCGCUCAUGAUACUAAAAUCAUCAAGAAAGUCAUCAACAUUGUCGGCGGUAUACGCGCUUUCAAUUCUUUCUAA